GAACCACCCUUCAAAGAGAGAGGUGCCCAGAGGCCAGGUUUUUGGACUAACCUGCACUGUUUUGUGUUUCUUACAGACGUUCCCACAAGCCUGCACUUCCAGAGCAUGCUGAAGUCUCAGUGGCAAAAUAAGCCUUUUGACAAGAUCAAACCUACCAAAAAGUUUUCACUUAAGCACAGAGCACCCAUGCCAUGCAGUCUGUCAGAUCCAGUUCGCAAAGACAGACAUAAGUUGGUCAACUCCUUCCUUACAACAGCCAAGCUGUCCCAUCACCAAACCCGGCCUGACAGGACCCACAGGCAGCACUUAGACGAUGUGGGGGCUGUGCCCAUGGUGGAGCGAGUGACAGCUCCAAAAGCAGAGCGCUUGCUCAAUCUACCGCCACCUGUACAUGACCCAAACCACAGCAAAAUGAGAUUGCGAGACCAUUCAUCUGAGAGAAGUGAAGGUAGGGCCAGGCCCAGCACCUCUACCUGCAUUGGCACUUGCUCAGAGCUUUCUGGGACAGCCCAAGCUUCUCUUAAAACCCCCUAUCCCAAGCUUUGUCCAUUACUUUCUAGAAAGGCAUGGUAGGGGGCACUAUUGCUU